AUGUUGGAAGCCAUAGACAACAAAAAUCUAACGGCAUUAAUUUUAUUGGAUUUCUCCAAGGGAUUUGACAGUGUCAGUCAUUCGAUUUUAUUAGACAAAUUGAGUUGUAUCGGUGCUUCACCCGAAGCUGUUAAAUGGUUCCAAGACUAUUUAACAGGCAGAUCCGAAUACGUGCGCAUUGGAUCCACCAAGUCAUCAGCUCGCCCGAUAACCCAUGACGUUCCACAAGGUGCAAUACUAUCACCACUUCUGUUUUGCAUCUAUAUUAAUAAUCUGCCAGGGAGCAUACAAUCGUGUAACCUUGAUUCAUACGUAGACGACUCAAAGCUUUACAAAUCAUUUUGCAUCUACGACUUGGAACAGACAACUAUCAAUUUAGAGGCAGAUCUACAAAUAGCAGCCAAAGUGGUGUUUGGAGCACCAAUUACUGAUCAAUCCAGAAAAAACUAA